UCCGUGGACCUAACGUCAGGUUCAAUCCUAGGGUUUUACACAUAUCUUUGCGGAUCCCUCUCUCUCGUGAGCUAUAAACCCUUUCUACCGCUUUCCUUCCUGUACAUGCUCAAAGACUAAGCCCUCCCCGUCGGGAAGUACAAGCAUUUUCACAAAAUGAAUUUGAACAACGUUAAAGUUCCGAAGAUGCCUAGUGGUGGUGCAGCUUCUACUUUGCUUAGGCUAGGAGUUAUUGGUGCAUUAGGUUUGUAUGGUGCUGGCAACAGUCUCUACAAUGUUGAGGGAGGGCAUCGAGCCAUCGUGUUCAACCGUUUAGUUGGUGUCAGAGACCAGGUCUAUGCUGAAGGGACACACUUUAUGAUUCCAUGGUUUGAUAGGCCAGUAAUCUAUGAUGUCCGUGCAAAACCCCAUCUAGUGGAGAGUACUUCUGGGAGCCGUGACCUCCAGAUGGUUAAAAUUGGGCUUCGAGUUCUUACCCGUCCUGUGCCAGACCAGUUACCAACAAUUUAUCGAAGCCUUGGUGAGAAUUAUAACGAAAGGGUCCUGCCUUCAAUUAUUCAUGAAACUUUGAAAGCUGUUGUUGCUCAGUAUAAUGCCAGCCAACUUAUUACUCAGAGAGAGGCUGUCAGCAGGAAUAUUCGUGAAAUUUUGACUGAAAGAGCAGCCAAUUUCAAUAUUGCGUUGGAUGAUGUGUCAAUCACAAGCUUAACUUUUGGGAAGGAGUUUACAGCUGCAAUUGAAGCCAAACAGGUAGCUGCACAAGAAGCUGAGAGAGCUAAAUUUAUUGUCGAAAAAGCCGAACAAGACAAGAAAAGUGCUGUUAUCAGAGCACAGGGUGAGGCCAAGAGUGCACAGCUCAUCGGUCAAGCAAUUGCCAAUAAUCCAGCAUUCAUCACUCUCAGGAAGAUUGAAGCUGCCAGAGAAAUUGCACAUACCGUCUCGAAUUCAGCCAACAAAGUUUUCUUGAGUUCAGAUGAUUUGUUGCUGAACCUUCAGGAUAUGAAUUUGGAGCCUACUGGGAAGAAAUAAAUAUAACAAGUCGGAGAUUACAGUGCCUUUUUUCAUUUUGUUUAUCAACUCUUCCAUUGCAGUGAUAUUGUCAAAACCGAGCAUUGGAAAUUUAAAUGGAUAAUUUGUCUAUUUGAAACCAAGGAGAUUUAAGGUGGCUUAUCAAAUUACUGUCACUGGAAAAAGCCAACUUCUCCAAUGUGAGACUGCUGCAUUCAUUUUUGUUUAGUAACUGUUCAAUUGAUAAUGAUGGUAAGUACUACUACUACUGUCAUUGGAGAA